ACGUCAACGAUUUCUUCUUCUUCAAAGUUAGCCCCUUAACACCUGAAAGUCGGCGGCUAGCGACAUUUUUAUUAAUUGGCAAGCAUUUGUUGAAAUAAAACGUUAACCACGGAUCACUUAUACACAAUCAUUUUCGCUGCAGGCAUUUGCCGCAAUCAAAGAAUAAUCAAAUAGAAAAUCAAAACUGAGUCUGCACUAUAAUGGCCAAUCAAAGAUUGAGCUCGUCAACAGCCGGCGGCUGCCUUUCGCUCUCAAUGCUGUUCGCCUGUCUGUGCAUCAUGGCAUCUCAACUGACCGGCAGCAAUGGGGCCGCCGUGAUGUCUGUUGAUCUCGGCAGUGAGUGGAUGAAAGUGGGCGUCGUGUCGCCGGGCGUGCCAAUGGAGAUCGCAUUGAAUCGCGAGUCCAAGCGCAAAACACCGGCCAUCAUCGCUUUCCGCGAUAAUACGCGCACCAUUGGCGAGGAUGCCCAAACAAUUGGAAUACGCGAUCCAUCGGCCGCCUAUGGCUAUCUAUUGGAUUUGCUGGGCAAAACCAUUGAUAAUCCCAUUGUUGAUCUGUACAGAAAACGCUUUCCGUACUAUACCAUCGUGGGCGACAAGGAGCGCAAUACGGUGGUGUUCAAGAAGAGCGACACCGAGGAGUUCAGCGUGGAGGAGCUGGUUGCCCAACUGCUGGUCAAGGCCAAGGAAUACGCACAAGAAUCGACACAGCAAUCGAUCACCGAAUGUGUGCUAACGGUGCCCGGAUACUUUGGUCAGGCCGAACGAGAGGCUUUGCUGGUCGCUGCACAAUUGGCCAAUUUGAAGGUGCUGCAGCUGAUCAACGAUUAUGCGGCCGUAGCGCUUAACUAUGGCGUGUUCCAUCGCGGAGAGAUCAAUGAGACGGCACAGUAUUUCCUGUUUUAUGAUAUGGGCGCCUACAAGACAUCCGCUGCGGUGGUCAGCUAUCAGUUGGUCAAGGAUAAGCAGACCAAGGAGGUCAAUCCGGUGGUCCAGGUGCUGGGCGUUGGCUAUGAUCGAUCGCUGGGCGGCCUGGAGAUACAGCUGCGCUUGCGCGACUAUUUGGCCCAGGAGUUCAAUGCCCUGAAGAAGACCAAGACGGAUGUCACGCAGAGUCCACGGGCGCUGGCCAAACUGUUCAAGGAGGCGGGUCGUGUGAAGAACGUGUUGUCAGCCAACACAGAACAUUAUGCGCAGAUUGAGAAUCUGCUGGAGGAUCAGGACUUUAAGCUGGUGGUGUCGCGCGAGAAGCUAGAGGAGCUAUGCGCUGAUCUGUGGCCACGCACCACUAAACCAUUGGAGGAUGCUCUCGCCACGUCGAACCUGUCGCUGGAUGUGAUCACUCAGGUGAUACUCUUUGGUGGAGGCACGCGUGUGCCACGUGUUCAGGAGACAAUCAAGCAGCUGAUCAAACAGGAGCUGGGCAAGAAUCUGAAUGCUGAUGAAUCGGCCACCAUGGGCGCCGUCUACAAGGCAGCCGAUCUGUCCUCUGGCUUUAAGGUGAAGAAGUUCAUAGUUAAAGAUGCAGUCAUCUUCCCCCUGCAAGUGUCCUUUGAACGUGAUCCGGGCGAUGGUGCAGCCGUGAAGCAAGUGAAGCGUGUGCUCUUCGCCCUGAUGAAUCCCUAUCCGCAGAAGAAGGUAAUCACCUUCAACAAGCACACGGAUGACUUUGAGUUCUAUGUAAAUUAUGGAGACUUGGAUCGCUACAGCGCGGAGGAUAUUGCUGCUCUUGGAAGCCUCAAUAUCACGCGCGUUGAACUGCAAAAGGUCAAGGAUCUGCUGGAGAAGUCGAAGAAGGAUCAGGUGGACAAUAAGGGCAUCAAGGCGUACUUCUAUAUGGAUGACUCUGGCAUUUUCCGUUGCACGGGCGUCGAGUACGUUUAUGAGAAGCAAAAGGUUGAUGAGGAGCAGGACGAGGAUAGCACAUUGGCCAAGCUAGGCAGCACCAUCAGCAAACUCUUCACCAAGGAGGCUGAGAAAGCUGAGGGCAGCGAAACCCCAACGUCCAAUGACCAAGAAUCCGGGGAGGAGCCAACCGAACCCAAGCCUGAUGAUGAAACUAAGAAAGCCGGUAAUGCCAACGACUCAGUUCCCACCAAAAAUGUAGAUGAGAACAAGACGGAGGCCAAGAAUGAGACCAUCAAACUAGUCACCAUCAAGGCACCCGUGGCCCACAAGACAGAGAUUAGAUUUACACAGCCUUUGAGUGGCAGCGGUUACAACGACGCUCUGGCCAAGCUGCAGGCUAUCAACAAGCAAGAGGAGGAGCGCGUUCGCUUGGAGUCCACAUUCAAUGCACUCGAAUCGCAUAUCAUUGAGGUGCAGCAGAAGCUGGAUGAAAAGCCUUAUGCGGAGUGUGCCACGGACGCGGAGAAGGAGGAGCUGUUAGCCGAGUGCAGCAAGCUGUCCGAGUGGCUGUACGAGGAUGAGGAGAAUCGUACGCCCGAAGUUUAUGAGGAGAAGUUGAAGCAGCUGAAAAAGCUGUCAAGUGUAUUCCUCGGUCGUCACUGGGAGCACGAGGAACGUCCGGAUGCGAUCAAGUCCUUCAAGGGCAUGAUCGAGAGCGCUGAAAAGUUCCUUCUGACGGCACGUAAUCUCACCAAGGACACAAAUCCCGAGAUGGAUGUCUUCACUCAGGUGGAGAUCGAUACGCUCGUCAAAGUGAUCACAGAGUCAAGCACCUGGCUGAAGACCGAAGUCGCCGCCCAGAAGAAGCUCAGCCGAAAUGCGGAUGUGCGUCUAACGGUGCAAGAUAUGAUGAAAAAGAUGGCCACGCUGGAUCGCGAAGUUCAGUAUAUGGCCAACAAGAUGAAGAUUUGGAAACCUAAGGCGAAGGUCGAUAAGAAGCCUAAGGAGCCUGUACCUGCUGAAGAGACAGUUCAAGGCAGUGGCAGUGGUAGCGGCGACAACGCCGACUUCAAAACCGAAGAAGCGGCCAAGGACAAAGCUGAGCAGCCAAAAGAUCAGAAGGAGGAGGAGCAGGUAACACCCACUCCCACAAGCGACGCCAAAACACCACACAGCGAACUCUAAAGCAAGACUGCAUGAAAUGAACAGAAAGAGAACGUGAGAGGUAAAUCGAGAGAGAGAGAGAGAGAGAGAGAGAGAUAGCGUGAAGAAGAGAACGCAGGAUAAAUUCACAAUCGGAGAAAAUGCGAAAACAGGAAAAGUUGUGCGCUUAAUGCGUUGGGCUUGACCAGAAGGGAGGGGAAAUAACGGAUUAGGGGGACAAUCCGUUCGAAGCUUUGAAGUAGUAAAACGAAAAUGUAGGGGGCAUACGUUGGCUUACGGGUGGACGGCUCUGGUCUGAAGCCCAAUGCAUUUUUCGUACAAAAUUAGAGAAAAGAAGAGUAGAUGAAAAAAAGAGCGUUCAAUGUUUUUUUUUUUUUUAUCUUAAAUUAUUAUUUCGUUCGAACUAGCUAAUGGCGGGGUUAAAUUAUGCUACUUUAAACAUAAAUCUAUAACUAAAGAAAUCCAAUGAAGUGUAAAAAUUCAAUUUUCAUUCCGUCGUGCUUUAAGUUCAAUCUAUUAAUGCCUGGAUAUAUUAUCUAAUUAAAUAAAAACCAAAACACACAAAAAGACUUGAAGUACUCAACUCCCUUACACACAACAUUUAUCCACAUUCAUGUGCGCCCAGUAUCUAAAAAUGUAUACCUAAAAAAAAAAUAUUUAUAAUAAACACUUUAAUUGAUGCAGUAUUAAUUAAAGUAAAAAUAACGGGAAGUAAGCUCAAAAGUAUAAUAAAAACUAAAUAAUAAUAAUAAAAAAGGAGUAGAUUCUAAUAAAGUAGCUAUAAUUUUUUGUAUUUACAAAAGAAAUUUUUGUUAAACAUAUCGAUCGAAUUUAAUUAAAUUUUGUUUGAAUUUUUAGUGUAACGCAUAUGUUGUGUUCGUAUGUAUAUAUGAAAAAUGUUAUUAAAUAGCACCAGCUGAUGCUGAUGUACCAAAUUCCAAUGGCCAAUAUCGAUAGCAAAUGGGAAAUAAAGCAACAAUGCAUUUAGGUAAACAUCGAUAUUUUUAAAAGCUGUCAUGUCUCUCGAAUUUGCGAAUUUGUGCAGAACAAUUACAGUAUAUUAAAUAUGUAUUGUAUUUAAAAUUCGAUUUAUGAGGUUAUCUUAAUAGUUAUUAAUAUUUUUCACGAAUAGAUCACCCGUAAAAUGCGACAUAUUAUGGUAUUUUAAACACAUUGUUGUUUUCUUUGACAAACCACUCUGGUCACACUUUUUGAGCAAGAAAUAUCGUCAGACGUUCACGGAAGACGAUGUACAUAGAUUAUAAUUCCGGAGACAUUUACACGCCUACGUGAUUGCUAAGUUUCGGGAGCAUAUUGUAGUUAAAGCCAUUAAAUUCUAGUUUUAAAAAAAAGUGCAUGUUAUGUUAAGUGAUAGAACUUAUAAAACUCUUACAAACUGGACUACAAAACGAGGAGAAUAAUAACAAAU